UUGGAAUUAUUUUCAAAUCAAUUUUCCAGUAUUCGACUAUUUUCAGAGUUUGUUCAUGAGCAAAGAAGUGAUCAAGCCAAGUGCUGAAAGCUAUUUGAACAAAUUAUACGCAGAUUUAUUCCAUCUUGUGAACUCCGUGGAGAAAGGAAGCGGUUCUGAGCUUACUGUUCGUCUUCGAAACGUCGAGGCCGACAUCGCAAGCUUCAAAGACGCUCUGAAAUCGAUUCCCGACAUCGGCGUCGAAGAGUACAAGGAAAGACGGAAAAUCGCCGCGCUCUACAAGCAGAUUGAGAAGAAAGAUGAGCUCCUCGACGAACUCGCAGCCUUCAGCCUUGAUGCAGCCCUCAAAAAGCCCGACGGAGAGCAGAAGCAGCGUAGUGAAAGUGGAGACAAAUGA